UCGAUUGGUUUUAUAUCAAAAUUUAUCGAUAAUGGUAUUCAGUUCGUUGUAGAAAACGUAUUUUGUUUUUAACUUUUCUUCCCAACAUAUCAAUCUGUGGGUGUUGUUAUGGAAGUAGUAUUACGGCCUUGUAUAGCUGGGGUAUAUCGAUAUAAGCCGGUUUUAAAACGAGUGCGCAUGGAUUGUGACGUUUGACAAACAUCUAGAAGCUAAUACUAAUGUGCCGGACAUAGAUUAAAAUCGUGGGAAAGAUUGCAGGACAGAUAUGCGCGUUUAAAUUGCUAACCGCUCGUUUACCACGUACGGAAUGACACAAUGACUACAAGAAUUUCUCUAAUUUAAAAUACAGAAAACUUAACACUUUGAUUGUGCGUUGACAUUCAAAGAAUUUAUGGAUAUAUUAAAUUCAGUUUGACAACUUAAGAUUUAUGCAUUGAUCGGUUGAAAUCCUUGGAUUUUAGAUAUUAAUUCGUCAUCGCAAAAUUGGUAUAGGAUCUUGUGUAAUUCUAUUGAGGUCACGUGUAAGAGACAUACCCGAAAUAAUCCUUUAUGAAUUCCUAGAUUUUAAAAGUCAAUCGUUAAGCAUACAGAUACCUCGGGCCAUUGAAAGCGCGGGGUUGUCUGGUUAAUGCAUACGAACGAUAUUGAAUGUCGACGGAACUCUAUCUCGUAAGGAACAAUAAUAUUUCUUUGGCGAGUCGAGUGACAAUUUUUAGUUUUCAUGAAGAAAAAUCUUUUAAUUAUGUGAUAAAUGGAAUUGAAAUUGAGCGAUGAAAGCUCCACCUGAAGUUUAAAAUGCUUUCUCAAUAUUGAAAAGGAUUCAGAAAAAUGCAGCAACUUACUAAAUUAUAACGUCCACAUUAAAUGGUGUAACCAUUGAAACAUCCAUUAGAAAAUGAAAUGCUGAAAGAAAUCUGUAAUUGUUCAGAGGGCUAGACUGACGAAGAGGUAAAUUAAGACAUAACAAUGGAGUCAGAAAGCGACAAUGGAAUCGGUGAAAGAGCCAUUGACGACGAAUCAAUGGAAGAUGUAGAUGCAUUAGCGGACAAAGAAGUGGCUGAUGUAUUCAAGAAUGCUGACGAUAGUGAAAACAAUGACGCUCACUGUGUUCAUAGAGGACAGGAGAGUCCCGAAAACUGUCAGUGUGACUCAAGCGGAAAGAGACGCCCGGUAUUGUCAACUUCCCAGUAUGUUGUGAUCGAUAAAUAUUCAUCCGUAUUGGCGGAGACUGUAAUACACGAAGCUAUCCUUAUCAACGAGAUAUACGACCGUGACAAAAUGAACGUUGACGUCUCUAAACUGAAAAAUGCCACCGUACGCCGGGGACACACUUACGGUCGCACGGGGGAUCGGGGCGGGGAAGCCUGUUCACCGGGGUACGACCAGUACAUCAUCGAGAGGUUUCUUCACUCCCAUGGAGACCCCGUUGACGGCGUCGACGAAGCCGAGUUUGACGGCAAAGAUGAGCUCUACCGGGAAACCUCCUAUCCGGGCCUAGACAAUUCCGACGCGUACAUACAGAACGAGGCCUCUAGGAGUGUUACAGAUGAAGCGGACCAGUCCAGCGACAAGAACAACAACCGACUGCCUGUGCCGGUAAUCGACCCGUUCUCCGAGACGCUGCAGACCAUCCACGAGGACACAAUUCUCGUCAUUGAUGACGACAUAGCGGCAGAUGACAGCGCUUCUAACGCCCGCCAGCACGUGACGUCAUUAAACCGCCACGUGACGGAACCCAACCAAGCAGCUAACCAACGGGAAUCGGACGUUGGCAGUAGGGAUAACACUGAGGACUUUGCAAAGAUUGACAGCAUCGGCGCUACUUCUCUGCGAAAAGAUGACCAUGGGGACUACGAAACAGAAGAGGAAAUCGACACAGGAUGCGCAGAAGACGAGCGCGCAUCAACAAUAAACACAGGGGAGAGAGUAGAAGACUUCGAACACAAUGACGAGGAUUUUGUUGAUGAUGAGACAGAAUUAACUACAGAAGAUGAAGACGAUGAUGAACCGGAUUGCUGCGAAAUGACAUUUAAGGAGAAAACGGCAAUAGUGCAAGCGGUUCGAGAAGGCGACGUGGAUUUACUUGAAACUCUUUUGGAGAAAAAGAACGCCGAUAUUAACAUGACAUGGUACGGUGAAAAUCUGUUGAUGGUGGCCAUACGUUCACGGCAAGUCGAGGUUGGAAGGUUUCUCGUCGACAACGGAGUGGACCGCUUUUAUAUGCACAAAUUGGUGGAUGUCAACCCAAAUGACGGUAUCAGCAUGCACACGGUGGAUGCACGUCAGAUGGCGUACGACACAGAACUGCAAGAAAUAGUGGAAUACCUCGACUACAAGUCCAACUGCCUGUUUCCAUUUAUAAAACCGAAAAUUAAUGACUUUCGCCUACGUCAGCCUAUAACGCCUUUCGAGCCACCUUCACUGGAUGAAGCGUUUCCGGAAAUGACGUUUAUUGAGCCGGAACAGAUCUUGGAGAUUAUCGCUGAUGAGCGAAAACGACGACGCCUUGAGCGAAUCGCACACGACCUAGAGCUCGCUGAAAUGCGCAUCAAAGCGAGGAGGAAUCGAGAAACAAGCGCCGGAAGUGGUCACAAACAUUUUUCUGAUAGCGAUGAGUUAAGCCAGAUUUUCGGACCGGACGAAGGAUACGAGACGAUGUCGCCAUUCUCACCGCUCAUCAAGCACGAUUAUCACAUACCAGAUAUGAAGCAACACGUUAGCAUCCGCGGGACAAAGUCGUCCCACAUGGUCCGGCAGUUCAACCAACUGAAAGCGGAACGGUUGAGAGAACUCAGCAGCGAUUCAAAGCGAAUCAAUAGCCCAGCGAAAACAUAUUCUGGGUUAAUACAGCCUCCGUUGGUUUUGAAAAGCGCGCGCGGACGAGGUCGAUUUCAACACCCUCAUUCCGCGCCACAGAUGCGCACGCACUCAUCAUCGUUCUCAUUAUCAAAUUCUCUAUCAGAACAUUCGACCACCCGAGGUCUUCCUUUCAUCAACAGCGAAGAGAGGAAGUCGACUUUCGCGGACUUUAAACGAAGUCCAAAUGCUAAAAUUCGGGCGCAAAGUGCGCAUAGCAACAUAUCUCCUUAUUCGCACGUGGCAAAACUACUGAUGGAAUCUCGUCUAUUCAGUCCCUUGUCGAGCGCCACCUCGCGGUCCUCGUCGUCCCAUCUACCACACAUACGCCAGACAAACAACGCCAACAACGCUAUAAACCUUACAAAGACCAAAAUUAACUACAUCUAUGCCGAUAGAAGUUCCGCAAGAGUCCCCGCAGCGGCUAUUAACGGCAUUUCAGCGUCGGAUUUAUUGCCGCGGAGAAAAAUUCGUUGCUGAAAGUCGACGCCCAUGUCCUACGGUGACAUUACAAUUUAAAUGCAUCGACACGUCUGGUGCUAAAGCCUUCUGGAGACCGUUGAUUUGCAGAACCACUUAAAAGAAGGCGGUUCUUAUGAUGCGUAAAACGUGUAACUAGGUGCUCGCGGUGCUUUUUACGGUUGACACAAUUUUAGCACACGUAGGGGAAUCGGUGAAGAGCAAUUAUUAGCAAAACGAAUAAUAAAUGACUUAUAAUAUUUGUUUGCAGAAAUCUGAUUUGAUAUUGAUCUUAAAAAUAACUUGACGUUUUUAUAUGAAACAAUUUUUAAAGAAUUGCGAUAAUGAAUUGUACAACGAAUUGCACGUAAUGCAUUCAUUUUGUAAUUUCUGCCAUGAAUAUCGCUAUGUUACAUGUGUUCAUUGUUUUAAGAUAUUUAUGUUAUUUAUUCACAUGUUACAGACGUGUUCGAAUUUUUCUAGUGAUCAAAUAGUUAUACAGAAAAUGUCGUUGCAUUAAGUUUAAACGAAAUAUAAUGUUACAGUAAAGUAACAAAACUAUUUUUACCAGACUCUUAUAGACCGAUCAAGACUAUGUAUUAUCCAAGUGCAGUUUCAUGUCCAUCAAAAUGGACUUCUAAACGUUUUGCUCAGGGCAAAAGCGGAGCUCGUUUUUAAGCAAGUAUUAAGACCAAGAUUCGAUUCCAGUUGUGUGGCAGUUGGCGUCUGGUCAGCAUUGGUUAAUGUACUGACACCUUCGUUUUCAUUUGAUACGUUGUCUACUUUCACUACAUACAUAGCAUAAUAAAAAAUACAAGUCGAGGAUUCUGCACGGUUUGCUUGCAAAGCUUUUGAAUAGAUUUAAUCUUAGACGCAUCGAGACAUAUUUAGCUUGAUAAUAAUUCAGGCUUCAUCGCGGGAUUAUACACACAUUCUUCAUUCGAGAUAGCGCAGCACACGUGACUUGUUUAGUAUAAAAUACGGAUCUAUAUUAUAUAAUGAAUUCGUGCUUUAAUUUCUCCAUUUGUACGCAUUUCUGUGAUAAACAUAUGUAUGAAAUUACAUUGUUAAACAAAGUUCGUCCGUUUUUUGGUUGGUCGUACAUAAAUCAUGUUACGUAUUGAUGUAUACUACUUUAUCGUUUAUUGUUAUAUGUGUAAAACACUACAUUGAAGCUUUCCAGAUUACA